CACAAUAGACACGGAAUGAGGAGGUCGCGGCCCUUGGUGCGGCAGAGCAGGUGCGCCGAGGCAAGGAAUGUCAACCGUCCAGUCGCCUUGCCAAAGCCGGCAAACGCCGACGACGCCGGUCCGACCGGCUCGGCCGUCCACGAAGACAAAAGCCUGUCUGGCUGCGUGCGACAUUUGGUCCGACCCCGCCCCGCCGGCGGGCGGGCGGAGACGGCCCCGCCCACAGGCGGCGGAGAACGCAGCAGUGACACCGAGUCUUGUGCUUGCCACUUGUGCCCAGUCAAUCAGUCAGCCAGCGCCCGUGCUGUCCUCCUUCCAGUAUACGUAGGUCUUGUUCAGAGGUCGUCCAUGGAGUCCGCCGAAGCUUUGUCGGCCAACCAGAAGAGCCGCAGGAACGUGACCAUCGAGAUCAGCAACCUGACUGGCGGCUUUGUCCUCAGGCACCCCCGGGUGCACAUGGAGAACGGCGACUGCCACAGUCCCCCGCAGCCCACCGUGCGGCCCAUGUGCACCGAAGUGUGCAACUUCAACAAGACGGACGCGGCCACCUCGGGCGCGGUGGGCGUGCUCACCUACGAAAUCUUUGAGGGCGCGGCGGCCGUGGCCAAGCUGGCCAUCAUGUUCUCUGUGCCCUACGACUACACCUUCUACAAGAACUGGGUGGCGGUGGGCGUGUUCCCCAAAGAGCGCGAGACCGACAAGAAGCUCUACGAGGAGAUGUACGAAGCCAAGGAGCUGAAGAACUUCGUGCGGCAGAAGGCCAACGGCUGCGGCCUGAACUACGAGAGCGGCAAGAUGGACGUCAAGGUCACCAUGUCGCCCAUGGGCAGGGCCAUCAUGAAGGUGGAGCUGUGGGACUUGCACUUCCGCCAAUGAAGUGCAGCGCUCAAAUAAAGCAAGCUUAAACAAAA